UUCUUGUUGGCUGAUGUUUUUGAAGAGUUUUGUUUUGCAUGGAGCGGGGGCGCAAAUUUUGAAUUCGUGGUAAGCGUGGUAAACGUGCCGGCUUUGUCUGGGUCUGGCGGUUUCCCUCGUUGGGCCUGGGUGCUAGGCGGGACCUGUUUGAUAGGCCUAUGUAACUAUCUCAGCUAGCUCUUCGAAGUGAUUUGGCGGACGUGCUCGUUGAGCCUGAGGAAGUAGGCCUAGCGAUGAAACCAAACAAAGGGAAGGCCGCGGGGGAUGCGGAGCAAGUGCAGUGCGACGAGUGCCUGCGCUGGUGCUCCCUCGACGAGACCAGUUUCCAGAGCUUAGCAGACGCGGAAGAGUCUAGCUUUACGUGCAGGCUGUGCGAAAAGGUCAGGGAAGCAGUCCAAAAACUGGAAGGAAAUUGGACAGCCAAGUUCGAGGAGCUGAAAGCAGACCUGAAGGAGGAGCGGGAGAGGCGGUUAGCUUUGCAGGCGAAAGUCGCCGAGUUGGUCAAGGUGGAAGCGGUGCAGGCCGCGCAAUUAGUAAGAACCGUGGCCGAGCUUGGAGAAGAGAAGGAAAGGAGAGCAGAACUGCAUAGGCGUCUCGAUGCGCUUGAGACGCGCGCAGCGGAGAAUGAUGGGUCGGGACACCAAGCCGGAGGCAAAAGCACAGAAAGUAGGGUAGACCCUACAUGCGAAGUCGGGGGCAGGGUGGCAGGGCAAGCGGUAGUCAGCUCGCCGCCGGUGAAUCGGCGUAGUUAUAGCGAAGCAGCGCAACACGCCCCGCGGGAGGCGACGCUGCAGCCACAGGAAGCCGGGAAGCAGGGAGAGGUAGGAGAGAGUGAAAGGGUGAUUAUCGCUGGCGACUCAAACAUGGCUGGGUGCUCAAAAGCAAUUGUGGAGAGGGUGAAAGGCGACAAAAGAGUGGCGGUAGGGACAUUUCCAGGGCAGACACUGGGUUCUGUCAUGGAGCGAGCAAAAGAAAAGCUCACGGAAAAUGCCCACGUGCGCAACCUUGUCGUAGUAGCAGGUGGGCUAAAUGACGUCCUGAACAGGAAAGGGCCAGGACUAGCCCAGCGCUUGGCGAAGGGGGUGGACGACUUGCGCGAGCUAUCCCCUCAGGUGCAGAUCGUGGUGUGCACGGUGCCGGAGGUGCCUGUGCGUGACAGUCACGUACAAAGAGCCGUAAUGGCUGCCAAUGAGGCAAUAUGGAAAAUGAGCCGAGAGAAAGGCUUCGAGGUUGUCGAAGUAAACAGGGAAGUGAGAAGUUGUGGUGGUUUUAAACGAGAUGGGAUCCACUUCAAUUACAGGCUAGCACGAGAAGUGGGCUGGCGACUUGGGGGUCGCGCUGUUGCUUUUUUAGGGGGCCCGCGGGCGCUCGGGAGGUCAGAGUAGGUAGUAAUAAAGAAGGUCCCCUAGGGGAACAGCAGAAGAGCAUCGCCGUCGAUAAGAGAAAAAGGAGGAAAGCAAGAACAAGAGCUCGCCAUGCAAUAGGCUACAUAAACAUGCAGGGCGGCAGAAGAAAGGAAAAGUGGGCAGAGAUUGAGGAGCAGUUACAUAGAGAACAAAUAGGGGUGUAUGCGGUUACAGAAACGCACCUUAGAGACUCAGAAGAGCCGCCAGUUAUUGAGAAUUAUGUAUGGGAAGGGUGCAACAGAACUAAGUCGGAAAGAAAGGGAGGGGGAGUCGGAAUGCUCAUCCAUCAGGGAGCCAAAUGGAAAAGAGUAAAUUCACAAUGUCAAGAGCAUCUUUGGUUAUCAGCCUCCAGGAUGGUGCUCAUUUUUGAUCACCACUUUGGACUCUAUUGUCUCUGGACAUACAAGUCACCAGUGAAUGUGUCACCACAGAGGCAGAAUCCUCGCAAGGAAGACGGACAAAAGAGAGAUUAUUGGUUUGCAAGCUGCCCACGCCAAGCCAUAAGAAGCUCAACGGACACCAUAAUAACAACAGGUCCUCUUGAACUAGGUGCCUCACCAUGAAACGUUUGCAAGUUUACCAGAUAGAGGGCUGUGAGCCCUAUCAGGAAAGCAACAGUCUACAGUUUUGUAUCGUACCAAGCGGGAAUGCUAAAAUUUGACAUACAAGCUUGCUUGAUUUUAAGGGCAUUUUAUGACAAUCGAAGAAGUAACAAGUUUGGUGCCAACUUGUUUCUUUUCUCGUCGUGUAGCAAGCUGCUACUUGGUAGUGCACAAACUUUGUCAUAUGCUAUUUGCAAAUCAGAUUGACAGGCAUUACUACCAUGUAUCACAUGCUCCCUCAUAAUGUUAAUUUGUUACAUGAAACUGCAAAGAAUUUUAAAGUCUUCAAAACCGCUAAGUGCAAUAUUGAGGAAAUGAUGCUUCAUGUUCACUGAAAAACUCUGGCAGUCACUCCUCACUUUAUUGUUUUUUUUUAUUUAAAGUAUGCUCAGGGCCAUAUGCCAUUGAAGAGGGGAGUGGUUACAAAGCAGGAGAGUAAAACAAACAAGAGUAGUGAGUUUUGGUAAUACAACGAUUAUCCUGAUUAUACAAUGUUAGCUAAUGUAUUGCGAAAAAAGUUUGUUAUCAGUGAUGGCUACGAUACUUGAGAGAAGGUGGUUCCAUUCCUGAGAUGUACAGGGGAUUAAAGAUUGAAAGAAAGACUUCAUGUAGCAAGAAUCAAUCCCUGCGUUACUGCGAUGAUCGAUGCAGUUUGAAAUGUACUUGAGGCCAUGGUAUGAAGUCGUCGUGAAGUGUGGUAUGACGGAAAAUUUUAUGAAAUAGCAAAACAUGGCGAAUAGCUAGGGGAAUAAGUGCUGGUUAGCUUCAUUAAGGUUAUACUCGCGGUACAGUUAUAAUUAGAAAGAAUGAUACGAGCAGAGUUAUUUUGUACUAGUUCAAGUGAAGUAGUAAGACUAACACAACUGGGAUAUCAUACUGCAGAUGCAUAUUCAAGUUUUGAGCGUUUUAUUGUCUUGUAAAGGUGUAGUUUUAAAGUAGACAGCGCUUUGGAAAAGUUGCGCUGUAAGUACCCGAGCAGGUGAAUUGCAUUGUUAAUGACACUCUAUAUUGGUCCAAUUUAAUUUAUUUGUAAUGUGUACACCAAUAUAUUUAUAGGACAUGAUGAAAUCUAAGGGAGCCUUGUUAAGACGGUAAGUGAUAGGGUUAGAAUUAGAACUGGAUAUUGCAUUUUUCAUUUGCAAAAAUCAGUAACUAGGCUAGCCCUGCACCAUAAGAAAUGGCUAGAACAGGCAACUUCACACAACUGGCCUACUCCACACUUCUCAGACAUGACGAACCAAUAAAAUCAAAUUUUCUUUCUCUUCAAACAGCGGAUGACAUACCUGAGGACAGUGUGUUCACAAAAAGUUUUUGAAGUAUACUCGAAGUUUGGCUUAACAUUCAGCCAAUCAACAGUGGACGAGCAAGGGAAGCCUCAGCGUGGGAACUUAUCUUCGUCACCGCCCUUACAAAUAUGUUUGAUUUUUGAAAUGUUGGCUACAGGCUUAGGCUUCCCUUGCUCACCUCUGUUACUCAACUGACGUGUUCAUCUCCUUGUAACCUUUUUGCAUUGUUUGAAUACGCAAACCGAGAUGUUUGUUCAACAUGAAACCGUAAAUUGCAUUUUACAAAAAUCCGUGAGCAUGAAUUGGGCAUACUUAUAUGUUCAUUUAGUGUCCUUGUAAGCACUGUCUCCAUGCCCACAAGAUUGUCGUUCAUUGCUUCAACACUAAGGUCCUCUUCCAAUUGUGCUUGUGUUUUUCUUUUUCGUUCGCGCCAUUUCCCUCCUGAGCACGGCUGGCUCGGCGCUUUAGUUCAGCGUAGCGAACGUUGUACGCUGUGUUUCCUGCUCUAUGUGCUAGCGAUAUGCCGAGCUGUUGCGCAUAUAACUGCAGGAAGAAGCCUGAAGAUGGUUAUGCCAUUUUUAUGAUACAACAAGGAAAGUGUGACGGCGUGCGCAGGAAGCAGUGGCUGCAUGACAUUGGCCGAAAGAACUUUGUUCCGACAAAGUACAGCGUUGUUUGCGAGCUGACGCAUCUUUCUUAUAGCUCGUAGCAAAGCAUCCUGUAAUGCUGCAUUUUUUUUAUUCUUCCGGCCUGCUUACCAGUGUUUUUGUCUCCACUGUCUCCAUCGACAAACGAGAAGUAUUUAGCUCCGUGCAAGCAGGAGCUAAAUACUAUUCGAAGCGGACAGGCCGCCAUUGGAAUAUGAACCUGGCAACGUUUAACGCUAGAACAUUAUCUAGUGAGGCGAGUCUAGCAGUGCUAUUGGAGAAAUUAGAGGGCAGUAAAUGGGAUAUAAUAGGGCUCAGUAAAGUUAGGAGGACGAAAGAAGCAUAUACAGUGCUGAAAAGCGGGCACAUCCUGUGCUACUGGGGCUUAGCGGACAAACGAGAACUGGGAGUCGGAUUCCUGAUUAAUAAGGAUAUAGCUGGUAACAUACAGGAAUUCUAAAGCAUUAACGAGAGGGUGGCAGGUCUUGUUGUGAAACUUAAUAAGAGGUACAAAUUGAAGGUUGUGCAGGUCUACGCCCCUACAUACAUCCAGUCAUGAUGACCAGGAAGUUGAGAGCUUCUAUGAAGACGUGGAAUCUGCAAUAGGUAAAGUCAAAACAAAAUAUAUACUGAUGGGCAACUUCAACGCCAGGGUAGGCAAGAAGCAGGCUGGAGACAAGUCAGUGGGAGAGUAUGGCAUAGGCUGUAGGAAUAGCAAGGGAGAGUUAUUAGUAGAAUUUGCAGAACAGAAUAAUAUGCGGAUAAUGAAUAUUUUCUUCCGCAAGCGGGAUAGCCGAAAGUGGACGUGGAGGAGCUGAAACGGAGACAAGAAAUGAAAUAGACUUCAUACUCUGCACUAAUCCUGGCAUCAUACAAUAUGUGGACGUGCUCAGCGAGGUGCGCUGCAGUGACCAUAGGAUGGUAAGAACUAGAAUUAGCCUAGACCUGAGGAAGGAACGGAAGAAACUGGUACAUAAGAAGCCAAUCAACGAGUUAGCGGUAAGAGUGAAAAUAGAGGAAUUCCGGAUCAAGCUACAGAACAGGUAUUCGGCUUUAACUCAAGAAGAGAAGCUUAAUGUUGAAGCAAUGAACGACAAUCUUGUGGGCAUCAUUAAGGAGUGUGCAAUAGAAGUCGGUGGUAACUCCGUUAAACAGGAUACCAGUAAGCUGUCGCAGGAGAUUAAAGAUCUGAUCAAGAAACGCCAAUGUAUGAAAGCCUCUAACCCUACAGCUAGAAUAGAACUGGCAGAACUUUCCAAGUUAAUCAACAGGUGUAAGACAGCUGACAUAAGGAAGUAUAAUAUGAAUAGAAUUGAACAUGCUCUCAGGAACGGACGAAGCCUAAAAGCAGUGAAGACGAAACUAGGAAUUGCCAACAAUCAGAUGUAUUCGUUGAGACAAAGCCGGCAAUAUCAUCACUAAUAUGGAUGAGAUCGUUCAAGUGGCUGAGGAGUUCUAUUGAGAUUUAUACAGUACCAGUGGCACCCACGACGAUAAUGGAAGAGAGAAUAGUCUAGAGAAAUCUGAAAUCCCACAAGUAACGCUGCAAGAAGUAAAGAAAGCCUAAGGAGCUAUGCAAAGGAGGAAGGCAGCUGGGGAAGAUCAGGUAACAGCAGAUUUGUUGAAGGAUGGUGGGCAGAUCGUUCUAGAAAAACUGGCCACCCUGUAUACACAAUGCCUCAUGACUUCGAGCGUACCGGAAUCUAGGCAGAAUGCUAACAUAAUCCUAAUCCAUAAGAAAGGGGACGCCAAAGACUUGAAAAAUUAUAGACCGAUCAGCUUACUGUCAGUUGCCUACAAGCUAUUUACUAAGGUAAUCGCAAAUAGAAUCAGAAACACCUUAGACUUCUGUCAACCAAAGGACCAGGCAAGAUUCCGUAAAGGUUACUGAACAAUAGACCACAUUCACACUAUCAAUCAGGUGAUAGAGAAAUGUGCGGAAUAUAACCAACCCUUAUAUAUAGCUUUCAUUGAUUACGAGAAAGCGUUUGAUUCAGUCGAAACCUCAGCAGUCAUAGAGGCAUUACGGAAUCGGGGGUGUAGACGAGGCAUAUGUAAACAUACUGAGAGAUAUCUAUAGCGGCUCCACAGCAGCCGUAGUCCUCCAUAAAGAAAGCAACAAAAUCCCAAUAAAGAAAGGCGUCGGGUAGGGAGAUACGGUCUUUCCAAUGCUAUUCACAGCGUGUUUACGGGAGGCAUUCAGAGACCUGGAUUGGGAAGAAUUGGGAAUAAGAGUUAGUGGAGAAUACCUUAGUAACUUGCGAUUCGCUGAUGAUAUUGCCUUGCUUAGUAACUCAGGGGACCAACUGCAAUGCAUGCUCACUGACCUGGAGAGGCAAAGCAGAAGGGUGGGUCUAAAAAUUAAUCUGCAGGAAACUAAAGGAAUGUUUAACAGCCUCGGAAGAGAACAGCAGUUUACGAUAGGUAGUGAGGCACUGGAAGUGUUAAGGGAAUACAUCUACUUAGGACAGGUAGUGACUGCGGAUCCGGAUCAUGAGACUGAAAUAAUCAGAAAAAUAAGAAUGGGAUGGGGUGCAUUUGGCAGGCAUUCUCAGAUCAUGAACAGCAGGUUGCCAUUAUCCCUGAAAGGAAAAGUCUAUAACAGCUGUGUCUUACCAGUACUCACGUACGGGGCAGAACCCUGGAGGCUUACGAAAAGGGUUCUACUUAAAUUGAGCACGACGCAACAAGCUAUGGAAAGAAGAAUGAUAGGCGUAACCAGAGUCCUUCCAUGUUUUUCUGGUCACGAAACUCCGCCGUCACGCUAUGGGAGAGGUUCAUAUGCUGCCCAAAGGUGCCGCAACGCGGCGCCAUUGUGCCACAAAAGGCAUUGUUCGCGUAUUGAGACGCGUGCACAGUGCGAGGCGAACUGAGUGAUCGGGUGCGUUCUGUGCAUGUGCUGCGCUAUUCUUCGAGUGCUGGGUUGUUUAGUUGAAGUGGCGGGGUGGGACAACAAUGCCGAACACGUGUUGCAAGUAACAGCUGAAGUAGAAUGGUGGUACCUCUAACAAGCCAUUUAAAAAAAAUUGCUGUAUUUGUGAUGUGGCUACUUCUGUUCGUUUGAGAGUUGUUUUACCAUGUGUUAUGAAAUGCUUAUGCUUUACACUUUCUUGUUUAUAGAAACAAACGAUUAUGUAUUCUGUAUUUAUUGCCAUUCGUUUCCUGGUAUUUGUUUCCUGCCCCCCAAUGCAUAUCUCUCACGUUUGAUGUUAUUUCUUUAUGCUUAUUAUAUCAGUGUCAUGCUUUUAACAAACUUCUUGCAUUGUGAAUAGUGGACCAUUCGUGACCGGAGGCCUCUGUGCUGUUUGUAUUUCGCUCCGCUUAUUUUACAUGAUAAAUAAAUGAUCGUGCUUGUAUGUUG